GCUCCUUAACUCUUACUGCUCCUCCAUUUUCUCAUUCACUUUAAUCUCUUUUAAUGGCGGUAAUAACACUUUACACUGUUCUGAUAGCAGUAGUAGCCAUGUCUCUGCUUUCACUGUCAUUCAAGAAGCUGAGGAGCACAAAGGUUAAGUUGCCACCAGGCCCCUAUGGCUUACCGCUCGUUGGCUACCUCCCAUUUCUUGGCAGAAACAUCCACCAAACUUUCAUGGAAUUGGCCAACAUCUAUGGUCCAAUAUACAAGCUCUCUAUUGGACAGAAAUUAUUUGUCUUAAUUAGCUGUCCCACCUUGGCAAAAGAAGUGGUACGUGACCAUGACAUCACAUUCGCCAACCGCAACCCAACCAUUGCAGCACUGGCUUUCUCUUUCGGUGGAAAGGAUAUUGCAUUCACACCCUAUGGGCCAGAAUGGCGCAUGCUGCGCAGGAUCUUUGUCCAUGAGAUGCAGAGUAAUGCCAAUCUUGAUGCAUUUUAUGCUCUUCGGAGAAACCAAGUCAAGAAAAGUAUUAAAGAUGUAUAUGGCAAGAAUGGAACAACCAUUGACGUGGGGAUGCUAGCAUAUUCAACUGUCAUCAACAUGAUAACCAGCAUGUUCUGGGGUGGCACGCUUGAAGGAGACAUAGGUGCUAACAUCAAUGCUCAGUUCCGAGCUGCAGUAUCGGAACUCCUUAUUAUAUGGGGGAAACCAAAUAUUUCGGAUUUCUUUCCAUUUCUGGCUAGUUUUGACAUUCAAGGGAUACACGGAGAUAUGAAAAGGGCAUCACGAUGGAUAGAGAACAUCUUCGAUUUUGUCAUAGAUCAAAGAACUAAAAAUAAUACAAAAAUUUCUAAUAAAGACUUUUUAGAUUUCCUCUUGGAGUUCAAAGAUCAUGAGACAGGGAAGUCGCUCUCCCGACCACAAAUCAAAGCCUUCCUUGCGGACAUAGUAAUUGGGGGCACCGGUACAACCUCCACCUCUUUUGAGUGGACAAUGGCAGAACUAAUGCUACACCCGGAAGUAAUGAAAAAAACCCAGGAAGAAUUGACAGAAGUUGUAGGUGAUGCCAACGUUGUGGAGGAAUAUCACUUUCACAAACUGCCUUAUCUGCAAGCAGUUGUGAAGGAGACAUUAAGAUUACACCCAUCGGCCCCAUUGUUGCUACCUCGCUGUCCUUCCCAAAGUUGCACCCUGGGUGGAUAUACUAUUCCAAAAGGUGCAAAGGUGUUCUUGAAUGCUUGGGCUAUGCAUAGGGAUUCUCAACUUUGGGAGAAUCCGUAUGAGUUUCGGCCUGAGAGGUUUGUUGGUGAUUCUAAUAAACUGGACUUCUCUGGGAACAAAUUUCACUAUAUUCCGUUUGGAUCUGGUAGGCGAAUGUGUGCGGGGCUUCACCUCGGGGAGAGGAUGUUGAUGUAUACUUUGGCUACAUUUCUGCACAUGUUCCAUUGGAAAGUUCCGGAUGGUGAAAAGCCUGACACUGGUGAAAAAUUUGGAGUUGUUUUGGAGAAAUCAACGCCCUUGAUUGUUAUUCCGACCCCUAGAUUGAACAACUUAAAGCUCUAUCACUAGAAUUAUCUCAUCCUUUGACUAAUGAAUUUAUGUUUUAGUAGAAAUUAGGAUUUAAAUUUUAUCAUAUACUAGCAGGCUUAGGCAAGAAAAUUUAGGUAAAAGUACCACAAAAACCUCUUAUUAUAUUUUGGAUUGUAUUUUAGUCCCUCUACUAAAAAAGAAUGAGCAAAUUAGCUUAUGUAGGUUAGAUGAGCGAGUAAAACAACCUCUCUGUGUUUAUAUAGAAUAUAUAAUAACAAAUUUAGCCUCAAU